AUGUAUUACCGCUGCCCACACCUUCCGGAGUGCCAGGGAAAGAUUCAUUCCAAGUUGAAAAAGUCCUGUCACGAGUGUAGGGGAUUAAACAGCCACGCAGUACGACAGCACACAUCAAGCAAAAAUUUGCAUCCGUUCUGCAACUCGCAAUGUCCUGUUUACGAUAUGGACAUUAUUUCUUUGGUUUCCUUCAAGUUCGAACCGCUUAAGCAAUCCUUGCCCCUGGAUCGACAAGUUUCCAUAACGACUGAUCCGACGAUAGAGAUUCCAGCAUCACCAGCAUCCCACAUGAAAUUGUCUUCUGGAACGACAAGCAAGAAAGUCAUCCGAGUUGGUCCUUCGAAAUCACAACCUGUCCGCCGUUCAAUGCGCCAUACUCAGAAAUUGCAAUCAUCAUCCAUAUCAGUCAAUCGCUUACCACCCAAAGUAGGGAAAAAGAAUACUGCAAAGAAUCCUAUUCGGAAAGAACCUGGUCUCAAAACUAAAGGCGAACCCAACGAUGGUACAAAAAUGGUCAAAACCGUUUCCAAAGAAACCACCUUGGGAUACUGGGUGCUCACUUGCACACCAGAAUUGGUAACAAGAUUUGUAGUCUGA